GGCAAGUGAUGUCACUUGAAUUUAAUAAAAAAAUAAUUUUUUAAGAAUUCUUAAAAUAAAAAAUAAAUAAAUACAAAUAAUUAAUUCAAAUUGAAUAUUCCAACCUGUAAAACAUUAAUUCAUAAAAAUAAUCUAUUUCAUGAAAUUUCAAUUUCCUAAAUAAGUCAAUUUCUAUUUUGAAUUAAAAAAUAAAACCGCAGACAAAGAAAAAGCGUCUGACUAACCUUCCCACUUACAAAAACACAAGUCCACUAUUUUAACUAGCCGUCUAGCAACCAACUACCAACUUAAACGUCAAGUUUUUCAUAAAAGAAUCCAAUCACAUGGCCAAGGUAAUAUCGCAAGAAACCUUUGACGACGUGGUGAAGGAGAAUAUUGUCGAUUUUUCAAUGAGUCCCGAAGAAGCCAAAGAGGAGACAAUUAAGCAAUUUGAAGCUCAGGGAAUUAAUUUGGCCAACAUAAUCAAAGAUUUGGCCAUCAAUAAGGAAACAGGUGUUCCAAUAUUAAACGAGGCUAUCGAUCAUUUGAAAACUCACAUUGGCGAAAAGUCCACUGACACUAAACAACUUCUUAAUUAUUUGACUGUUCUCGACGAUGAAUGCAAAAAAUCAAUCCCACAUCGAGUUUUGGCUGGAAAAAAUGGUGCCCACGAUAUAAUCAUCACCCUACUCGAACAAGAACUUUCUUCAUCUAAUCCUGAUGAAGAAAUCCUUAGUAAAUGUGUUUGUGCAGCAAUAUCAUUGACUAAUAAGCAACCGGAUCUCUUUGAUGCCGAAGCUCUAGCCAUGGUGAUGAAGCUGUUAAGCACCAAUCCGAAGGAUGAAUUGCUAAGGUUAACUCUUCAAUGGCUUGGAAAGGCAUGUAUAAUGCAUGAGACCAAUCGGCAGAACAUUAUGAAUGCAGACAUAAUGAAACUGCUAAAGCCUUUGGUGCAUGUGAAAAAUCCGAAUGUGAUGAAAGAUGUUUGUGCAGUGCUAAGAUAUUUGGUGUUGGACGAUGAUAUUCGUGUGGAAUUUGGAAAAGCACACGAACAUGCACGCUUAAUAGCUGCGGAAGUAAUCGUUGAACUGUGCAAGAGAUUAUCAGAAUUUGAUGACAUAACCGUACUGGCCGAUAUGAUUUUAACUAUUGGAACUUUAGCUGUGCGCAAUGAAUUUUGUGUUGUCAUUGAAGAAGCUGGUGGCCUUAAAUUGGUUCUUGAUAUUAUGAGUAAAAACAAAGAUGCCUUAAAACUCAAUCGAGAAGGAUUAAAAUUACUUCGCGCCUUAGCUGGUAAUGAUACAACUAAAGUUCAUAUUAUUCAACAAGGUGCCGCACCAGUUAUAAAAGAAUUGCUGCAAAAUAAUAUGAAUAAUGAACCUAUUGCGACGGCUGCCUUAGCAUGCAUUUCAACAUUAACAUUGAGAGUAAAAGAAAAUAGUACUGCAUUUUUCGAGACUGGUAUUGCUGAAACAAUAGUCGAGACUCUUCGUUUGCAUCCCAAAAAUAAAAUGGUGCAGAGAAACGGAGCAUGGGCUAUAAGAAACAUGGUUUCAAGAUCUCGUGAUCAAUGUGAUAGCUUCCUUUCAUGUGGAGCUGAAGAUCUCCUUAAUGCUGCCAUGGCUGAACAUCCAUCUGUUAGUCAAGACAUCAAAGCAGCCCUUCGUGAUUUGAACUGUAAGGUAGAACUAAAAGAAGAAUUCACCGGCAAAGCAGAAAAAAUUAUCUCCAAGGAAUAAAUAUUUUCAUGAAUUUGUUUUUUUUAAUAUGUCAAGUAUUUACUAACAGAUAAGAAUUCAUAAAAUAUAUUUUAAAAUUGCUUAGAUUCGUCAAAGAACAAUUAAUCUUAUAGCACGCCAGAAACUACAUAAUCGAGCAAAGUAAAACAAAAAAUUUUAAACACUCAUUAUAAUUAACUUAGGGACUUAAUUUAAAAUAACAUACUAUUGUAAUAUUUUUAUAUGCUAUUAAAUAAUAAUACAUUGAUAAAUUUUAACACAAUA